AAAUAACUGUAAGCAGUGGCAAAUAAGUGAGUCAUAACGCAUGCGCAUGUAACUUUUAAGUCAGCAAAAGGAACCAUUUUGUCAGGACAUAAGUUUACAGACUAAACGAGAAAAAACACAAAACAUGGGUUUAAUGAAAGGUUUACUGAGUGCUGUUGGAGCAAUAGUAUUAAUAAUCAUUGGCGUGAUUGUUCUGGUAUAUUGUUUAAGAAAGAGGAGGCAGCGACAAAUGGACAAAACUGUUGUCACAUAUCAAAGCCCACCACCACCAGGACAGCAGCCAUACUUUCCACCUCAACCAGGACAACAGCAAUAUUACCCACCCCAACCGGUACAGCAGCCAUAUUAUCCUCCUCAGCAACAAAUGGCAUAUGGUCAGGGUCAGGGAUAUGCUCAGCAACCGCCUCCCUAUGCUCCACCAGCACAAGGCGGCUAUAUCCCACCUACUUACUGAUAAGUGAAAAGCAGCACAUAAAAACAAUAUUGUCACUGUGUGACAGGUUUUCCUCAGACGUGUUACAAUAUGGUGUUAGUGAGAGCGGCAUUCUGUACAAAAAUGGAGAGAUGCGUGAAAGACCCAGAUUUACCACAAAGACUGCUAUGUAUGCAGCUGAAUAUU